AUCAACAACAUAUGUGAAACUCUGACUUCGCUGUCACUCGGACUCGAACUCUUCAGCCGGCGGCAUGUGGGCCCAACACGGCAGACACUCUCUGCGUCUCCUUGUCUGCGCUGUCCUCCUGUCGCAGGGAUGUUUACGAUGGGUCGCGGCCCAGCACUGUGUCUGGUAUGGGGAGUGUGGGGAGUCCAAACAGGUGCCAGGAAAAAAGUACAACUGUAACUACACUGGUCCUCCCAUCCCUCUACAGUCUGAGGGGUUUGAGCUUCUCACGGAACUUUGUCCUGGAUUCGACUAUGGAAAUCGUAGCCUCUGCUGUGAUGUAGACCAGUUGCACACUCUCAAAGGGAGUCUCCAGCUUCCCCUGCAGUUCCUGUCUCGGUGUCCCGCUUGUUUCUUUAACCUGAUGACCCUCUUCUGUGAGCUGACAUGUAGCCCCCAACAAAGUCAGUUCAUGAAUGCCACAGAUAUCAAUGACACCAGCGUAGUGGAGGUGCAGUACUACCUUGGACGAAGAUUUGCUAACGAAAUGUACAACGCCUGUAAGGACGUCCAGGCACCAUCCAGCAACGUGAAGGCCUUAUCACUGCUGUGUGGCAAAGAUGCAAAAGAGUGUAAUGCUACUAACUGGAUCCAGUACCUGUUUGAUAUCAACAAUGGACAGUCUCCGUUCCCUAUCAUCCCGAUAUUCUCAGAUGUCCCGGUGUCUGGUUAUACUCCCAUGAACAACAACACAUACGCCUGCACCGAUGGCUUGGAGGACGGCUCUGGUCCUUGCUCCUGUCAGGACUGCACCAACUCCUGUGGGCCCAAACCCGUACCUCCCCCUCUCCCCCCACCCUGGACAAUCUUUGGUAUCGAUGCUAUGACUGUCAUCAUGUGGAUCUCUUACGUGGCCUUCCUGCUGAUCUUUUUUGGAGCUGUACUGAUUGCGUGGUGUUACAGGAAAAGGACGAUCAUGUCUGAGUAUGGCCCCAUACUGGACAGUAAUAGCCCACUGUCUCUCAACAGUAAUAAUCCUGACCAAGUCAAUGCAUCAUGUUGUGAGACUCUCGGCGAACGCUUCGAGAAUGCACUGCGUGUCUUCUUCUGCUCCUGGGGUUCCUUCUGCGUGCAACAUCCCUCUGUGGUCAUCCUGGGGAGCCUGAUAGUUGUGGUCGCCUCCUCUGGCGGGCUGGUCUACAUGCACAUCACCACUGACCCCGUCGAUCUGUGGUCGGCUCCCACUAGCCAGGCUCGUCAAGAGAAGGACUACUUUGACAAACACUUUGGUCCCUUCUUCAGAACUGUACAGCUCAUUAUAACCACUCCACUCAAUGACACUACCAUCUACUCCCCAUACUUUGGAGGAUCAGACGUCCCAUUCACUGCCAUGCUGGAUAAAGACAUCCUGCACCAGGUGCUGGAUUUGCAGCUUGGCAUCGAAGCCAUUGUGGCCACAUACAACAAUCAAACUAUCACCCUGAAGGACAUCUGCUUGUCCCCUCUGGCCCCGUACAAUAACAACUGUACCAUCCUGAGCGUCCUCAACUACUUUCAGAACAGCCACUCUGUGUUGGACCACUCGAUAGGAGAUGACUUCUUUGUCUAUGCUGACUAUCACAGUCACUUCCUCUACUGUGUCAGUGCACCAGCAUCCCUUAACGACACCACUCUCCUCCAUGACCCUUGUUUGGGCACGUAUGGGGGCCCUGUCUUCCCAUGGCUCGCCCUGGGGGGUUACGAUGAGACCAACUACAACAAUGCCACCGCUCUAGUGAUCACCUUUCCACUCAACAACUACCUGAACGACUCAGAUAGGAUGGGGAAAGCUCUGGCGUGGGAGAAAGAAUUCAUCAAUUUCAUGAAGAACUUCAAAAACCCCAACCUGACCAUAGCGUUUAGUGCAGAGAGGAGUAUUGAGGAUGAGAUUAACAGAGAGAGCAACAGUGACAUCAGCACCAUCGUGAUCAGCUACGCAUUUAUGUUCAUCUACAUCUCCCUGGCCCUGGGCCACAUCCACAGCUUCAGGAGACUGAUGGUGGACUCAAAGAUUUCUUUGGGUAUAGCUGGUAUCCUGAUUGUGCUCAGCUCUGUGUCCUCGUCGCUGGGGAUCUUCAGCUAUGCUGGUAUCCCUCUCACCCUCAUUGUAAUUGAAGUCAUUCCCUUCCUGGUGCUGGCUGUCGGAGUGGACAACAUCUUUAUUAUGGUGCAGACGUACCAGAGAGAUGAGCGGAUGCCACAGGAGGAACUUCACCAGCAGAUCGGUCGUAUCCUUGGUGACGUUGCCCCGAGCAUGCUCCUCUCCUCGUUCUCUGAGACAGUGGCCUUCUUCCUGGGAGCCUUGUCUAACAUGCCUGCAGUGAGGACCUUCUCUCUGUUUGCUGGCUUGGCUGUUUUUAUUGAUUUCCUGUUGCAGAUCAGUUGCUUUGUCAGCUUGCUCGGCUUGGACGCCAGGCGACAAGAGGGGAACCGACUUGACAUCAUCUGCUGCGUGAAGCUGCCAGAAGGUCAGGAAACAAAAACGGAUGGUUUCCUCUUCCGCUUUUUCAAGAAAGUCUAUGCCCCCUUCAUCCUCAAAGAGUGGGUGCGACCAAUCAUAGUGGCAGUGUUUGUUGGAAUACUCUCAUUCAGUAUUGCUGUAACGAACAAAGUGGAGAUCGGACUGGAUCAGAAAUUAUCAAUGCCUGAUGACUCGUACGUGCUGGACUACUUUAAGAACAUGAGCAAGUAUCUCCACACUGGAGCUCCAGUGUACUUUGUGGUGGAGGAUGGUUUGAACUACAGUAGCCUGGAGGGUCAGAAUGUUGUAUGUGGUGGAGUUGGCUGCAACAACAACUCUCUGGUCCAGCAGGUCUACUCUGCCUCACUCAUCAGCAACUACACAACCAUUGCUAACACACCGUCCUCCUGGUUGGACGACUACUUCGACUGGGUGAAGCCUCAGUCCAGUUGCUGUCGAUACAUCAACACCACCGGGGCUUUCUGCAAUGCCUCAGUGGUAAACACGUCGUGCAUUCACUGUCGGCCCAUGACUCCGAGUGGAAAGCAGAGGCCCGAGGGUGAAGACUUCAUGCGGUUUCUACCCAUGUUCCUGUCGGACAAUCCCAACGCCAAGUGUGGAAAAGGCGGCCACGCAGCCUACGCCACAGCGGUGGACCUGUAUCCCAAUGACAAAGGAGUGGGAGCCACUUACUUUAUGACUUACCACACCAUCCUGAAGGAAUCCCCAGACUUCAUAAAUGGUUUGAAAAUGGCCCGAAAUCUGGCUCAGAAUAUCAGUCAGUCCAUGAACCACAAAGUGUUUGCCUACAGCAUCUUCUACGUUUUUUACGAGCAGUACCUCACCAUUGCGUACGACACGGCUCUGAACUUGAGCGUGUCGCUGGCAGCCAUAUUUGUGGUGACGACGGUAUUGUUGGGCUUUGAGCUGUGGUCGGCUGUGGUCGUCAGCCUCACCAUCGCCAUGAUCCUGGUCAACAUGUUCGGUGUCAUGUGGCUGUGGGGCAUCAGCCUCAAUGCGGUCUCCUUGGUGAACCUGGUCAUGACCUGUGGUAUCUCGGUGGAGUUCUGCAGUCACAUCGUGCGAGCGUUUUCCAUCAGUGUGAAGAAGAACAGAGUGGAGCGGGCUGAAGAGGCUCUGGCUCACAUGGGCAGUUCUGUAUUCAGUGGAAUCACGCUAACAAAGUUUGGCGGUAUCAUAAUCCUGGCACUGUCCAAGUCACAGAUCUUCAAGGUUUUCUACUUCAGGAUGUACUUGGCCAUAGUGCUGCUGGGGGCCACACACGGCCUCAUCUUCCUCCCUGUGCUGCUCAGCUAUAUUGGUCCUUCGGUGAACAAAGCAAAGGUGUUUGCUGCUAACAAGCGCAAUAUCGGCACAGAAAGGGAGCGGCUCCUCAACUACUAGGAGGCUGCGGACAAUGAACAAUGCCCUAACUAUUUGUCUGGAAGGGACUGCGUGGGUGUGAGCACGAGGCAGUUUCUGUGACUACUGACACACUCAUCGUCAUUGCUACUACUUAUGCACGGAUUUCACUCAGGAACACACUUGGGAUUGCCAGAGGCCUUGUUGGGCUGCACACUCAUAUUGACUUCUGCAGCAGACUUCAGACCCCCGACAUUCCUCACACUACAGGACAAGCCCGACCUCGGUAUUUGAAGCAUGAGCAACGUGCCGUGGAACAGAAUUCAACACUUUGACUGUGUGAACGUAAGAGAGACACCAUCCCCCCAACACCAUUUUACAGACAAACCCUCAGUCAGAUACUAUGAAUUAUUUUAAUAUGGGAAAACGUAAAAGGGUAAAACUGGUCAGUUUUUUUUUUUUUCAUGAGUUUUUUAAAUAUAUACCAGAAACAUAGAUCUGACUCUUUUUUUUAACUUUUGUAGAACUGUUUGAUAUUUUGAAUCAUUUAUUGACUGUAACACAGCACUCACUGAAGCUAACCAAUAACAAUAGUGAUAUCAUAAGCCCCCAAUAAUACCUGGCAUCAACAUGAAUCCUAUUUAGAGCUGUGUCUGCAAACUCAAAAUCAUACAGACACACGGCUCAUUUUCAUCUAGCAAUAAUGUUUCCUGUACACCUAAGGAAUCUGGGAUUAGCUUGUGAGUACUAAGACAGUCGUGUUUUUACUCGAGCACACUGGAUUUGAAAUUAAAAGUGUCUUUUAGCUUUAAAUUCUGGCUUUUACUCUAUUCGUUCACAUCUAUGUUGGAAGAGCAGUGUCGCAGUUGUGGCCAUUUUUUACCUAUGGGAGCAUAGGUAUUAGAAUGGCACUCACUGCACCAAAUUUCACACACUCAUAGAUAUCAGGCCUCUAAAUGUGCCAGAUUUUUCACAUCAGGAUCCAGGAAAUAAGAAAGUGAAAGAAAUUCCCUGAACCGCACCAAGAUUGAACGGGCUUCUUCCUUGACCACCUUCCACCAAGUUUUCUUGGAAAUCCGCUUACUUACAAUCAAACCAGCUAACAAACAAAUAAACAGCAGUGAAAACCUCUUUGGCGAAGGUAACAAAAAUAUAUAUAAAGCUCAAAGCUUAAACUUCACUGGCAUUGUUUCAUUUCAUUGUUAGCUAAUGUAUCGUAAUCGUCUUUUUGAGGUGUUUGCAGGACUCGAUUGUUCGUCCAACACAAGAUACAUGCUCAUGCCAGAUGUCAAGGUUGCUAUGAAUAAUGCUAAUAAUGGUUUUACAUUGAAGUGUAAUUGUGACACUUUCCAGUGACUGAACUAUAGCUGUAGCUGGAGAGUUAAAACGUUUCUGCAUGAUUUACAGAAUGCUGACUGGUUGACAGGUUUUUCAUUCCAACACAUUUAAGUUAUUAAUAAUGUUAUUAUUUUACUUUGUUAAUCACUGACCAUGUGGAACUGGGAAAAUGAACUAUUGGAUUUUCAAGGAAAAAAAUACUUUGAGUGGCCGAUUAAUAGAAUAAUUUUUUUAACUCAACACCCCAGUAACAUAUCUGAGGUAUUGAUGAAUUGAACUGAUCAUCCAUUGUGCCUUAAUCACAGUUGUGUGCUCCCGCUAAUUGAAUUUGAACAGGACAGAGACAUAACAGGAAGAGGAUGUUAUCAUUUUAACCAAGAUGUUUAAAAAUCUUUUAAGGAACGGUACCAUUCUUUGUUUUUAAUCUUUCUUACACAAUGUUUUUUUUUUCCCCUCAUGAUGCAAUUGAUGUUUUAUGGAAUGUAAGAAUGAAAUGUGUCAAAGAAAAAAUGUUUAUGAGCGAAAGCGACUGAGGAAGAGUUGUGCUUAUUAACGGUUCUGUGUUUUGAAAUUGACAAAUAAUCUCUGAUGACAAAAAACAGAACCAACCAGUGAGAUAUUUGAGUUUUUUUUAACAAUUUUCCAAUAUAUUCUCUUUGAAAUAAU